AUGCCGAGCCUCGCCGCCCCGCCGGCCCCGCUGCUGCUCCUGGGGCUGCUGCUGCUCGGCCCCCGGCCGGCCCGCGCCGCCAGCCCCGAGCCCCCCGCGCUGCCCAUCCGGCCCGAGAAGGAGCCGCUGCCCCUCCGGGGAGCGGCAGGCUGCUCGUUCGGCGGGAAGGUCUACGCCGUGGACGAGACGUGGCACCCGGACCUGGGGGAGCCCUUCGGGGUGAUGCACUGCGUGCUGUGCGCGUGCGAGGCGCCUCAGUGGGGUCGGCGCGUGAGGGGCCCUGGCAGGGUCAGCUGCAAGAGCAUCAAGCCCGAGUGCCCCGCCCUGGCCUGCGGGCAGCCGCGCCAGCUGCCCGGACACUGCUGCCAGACUUGCCCGCAGGAGCGUAGCAAAGGCCCGGAGAGGCCGCCCCCGAGCCUGGCCUUCGAAUAUCCGCGCGACCCGGAGCAUCGAGGCUACGGCCACCGCGGGGAGCCGGGCGCCGAGGACCGCGCCGGCCGCGCAGACAGCCACACGGACUUUGUGGCACUGCUGACUGGGCCGAGGUCGCAGGCCGUGGCGCGGGUCCGAGUGUCCCUGCUGCGUUCCAGCCUGCGCUUCUCCAUCUCCUACCGGCGGCUGGACAGGCCCACCCGGAUCCGCUUCUCAGACUCGGCGGGGAGCGUGCUGUUUGAACACCCUGCCGCCCCCACCCAGGAUGGCCUGGUCUGUGGGGUGUGGCGGGCAGUGCCCAGGCCGUCGCUGCGGCUCCUCAGGGCAGAGCAGCUGCACGUGGCCCUGGUGUCGCCCACGCACCCCGCAGGGGAGGUCUGGGGGCCGCUUCUACGGCACAGGGCCCUGGCUGCAGAGACCUUCAGCGCCAUCUUGACUCUGGAAGGCACGGCCCAGAUGGGCACUGGUGGUAUUGCUCUCCUCACGCUCAGCGACACACAGGAUUCCCUGCAUUUUUUACUGCUCUUCCGUGGACUGUUGGAGACCCGGCCAGGGGGCCCAGCCCAGGUUCCCUUGAGGUUGCAGAUUCGCCACCAGGGGCAGCUGUUGAGGGAGCUCCAAGCCAACAUCUCAGCACAGAUGGGCUUCGCAGAGGUGCUACCCAGCCUGACAACACAGGAGAUGGACUGGCUAGCAUUGGGGGAGCUGCAGAUGAGCCUGGAGAGGGCAGCUGGGCCUGGACCGCGCAUCAGUGGGCUUAUUGCUGCCCGGCAGGCAUGUGAUGUCCUGCAGAGUGUUCUUUGUGGGGCCGAUGCCCUGCACCCGGUUCAGACGGGCGCAGCGGGUGCAGCCAGUCUGACACUGCUUGGGAACGGGUCUCUGAUCUACCAGGUGCAAGUGGUCGGCACAAGCAGUGAGGUGGUGGCCGUCACAUUGGAGACUAAGCCUCCGCGGAGGGACCAGCGUACUGUCUUGUGCCACAUGACAGGUGGCCAGCUUGGAGGAUACACAGCUGUGGGUAUCUGUCCUGGUCUGGGUGCCCGUGGGGUUCAUAUGCUGCUGCAGAGCGAACUGUUCCUGAACGUAGGCACGAAGGAUUUCCCAGAUGGAGAGUUGCGGGGACAUGUGUCUGCCCUGCCCUACAGUGGGCACCGUGCCCGCCAUGACACGCGGCCUGUGGUGCUAGCAGGAGCCCUGGUGACGCCUCCUGUGAGGAGUCCAGCUGCAGGGCACGCGUGGCUCUCCUUGGAUGCCCACUGCCACCUCUACUAUGAGGUGCUGCUGGCUGGGCUGGGCGGCUCAGAGCAGGGCACUGUCACUGCCCAUCUCCUUGGGCCUCCUGGGACUCCUGGACCCCGGAGGCUGCUGAAGGGGUUCUAUGGCUCUGAGGCUCAGGGCGUUGUCAAGGAUCUGGAGCCGGAGCUGCUGCGGCACCUGGCUCAGGGCACGGCCUACCUGCUCAUCACCACCAAGGGGUCCCCCCAAGGGGAGCUGGGCAGGCAGGUGCACAUCUCCAACCAGUGCCAGGCAGGUGGCCUUCGUCUAGCAGCAGGAGGGACCUCUGGGGCCCCUGCAGCCCCUGCUGUAGCAGCGGCAGCUCUGCCGGCUGUGCUGGGCCCAGACACCCCACUGCCUGCCAAGUCUGGGGGCCAAGGGAGGCCCCGCGAUCCCAACACUUGCUUUUUCGAGGGGCAACAGCGCCCUCAUGGAGCUCGCUGGGCACCCAACUAUGACCCCCUUUGCUCCCUCUGCACUUGUCAGAGACGCACUGUGAUUUGUGACCCCGUGGUUUGCCCACCACCAUCGUGCCCGAGCCCCACACAGGCCCCAGACCAAUGCUGCCCGGUGUGCCCAGAGAAGCAAGAUAUUAGAGACCCACCAGGGCUGCCAAAAACUCGGGACCCAGGAGAGGGCUGCUAUUUUGAUGGUGACCGGAGCUGGCGGGCAGCAGGCACCCGGUGGCACCCCGUCGUGCCCCCAUUUGGCUUAAUUAAGUGUGCGAUCUGCACCUGCAAGGGGGGCACUGGAGAGGUGCACUGUGAGAAGGUACAGUGUCCCCGACUGACCUGUGCCCAUCCUGUCCGCGCCAACCCUACUGACUGCUGCAAACAGUGUCCAGUGGGGUCUGGAGCCCGUCCUCUGCUAGGGGGUCCUAUGCAGGCUGAUGGGCCCCGGGGCUGCCGAUUUGCAGGGCAGUGGUUCCCAGAAAGCCAGAGCUGGCACCCUUCAGUGCCUCCCUUUGGGGAGAUGAGCUGUAUUACCUGCAGAUGUGGGGCGGGGGUGCCCCACUGUGAGAGGAAUGACUGCUCCCCGUCACUAUCCUGCAGCCCCGGGAAGGAGAGUCGCUGCUGUGCCCACUGUGCACCCCGGCAGCUGGCACUUGAGACCAGGUCAGUUUCAGAAGCGCAGAAAGAAGUCCGAGGCUCCUAGACAGCAGGCAGAAGGCCUCAAGACCAAGAGGACGGAUCUGGGCUGGGAGUGGAAGUGGCACAGAGGCCCCACAUUCCCUUUGGGGACCUUUAGGCUCCUUUCUCCCUCCCCCACUACCUCUGGGAACCGCAGCUUCUGGGGGGAGGAACAGGAGGUCACCUCAGCCCCUUUAGGGCUUCUUCCCCCGCUGGAAGCCCUGAUCCCUUUUUCCUGUGUACAGAAUGUCACCAGCUUGUUGGGGUUUUUAAUUUAUCCUCACUCAGCACCAAGGGUUCCCCCACUCACUCCUGCUGCCCUGAGCUGAGCAGAGUCAUUAUUGGAGAUUUUUGUAUUUAUUAAACCAAGUUUUUUUU